UGUUUUACACAAAGCUCAGACAUGCCAGCAAAUUUGGAAAUCCAAGCCUUAGCUCUCCCCUUCUGCACCAUGAACUUUACUGCCAAUGAUCACCGAAUACCUUUGAAUGAUGGAAAUAGCAUUCCCAUCAUUGGGCUCGGUACCUUUUCCGAAAAAAAAACUAAAGACCUAUGCACAGAGUCUGUGAGGAUUGCCAUUGAUGUUGGGUACCGCCAUUUUGAUUGUGCCCUCAUUUAUAAUAAUGAACAUGAAGUGGGAAAAGCAAUCCAAGAGAAAAUUGCUAAAGGAAAAGUGAAACGAGAAGACAUCUUCUACUGUGGCAAACUGUGGUCUACUUUCUUUAGCCCAGAAUUGGUGCGACCAACUCUGGAGAAGACUCUCAACAGUCUUCAGAUAGAUAAUAUUGAUCUUUACAUCAUCGAGAUACCAAUGGCUCUCAAGCCAGGAAAUACCUUUUAUCCUCAGGAUGAAAAUGGUAAAUGGUUGACCCAUGACAUAAACCUGUGUGACACCUGGGAGGUUCUGGAAGCAUGCAAAGAUGCUGGCUUAGUGAAGUCCCUUGGAGUGUCUAAUUUCAACCGCAAACAGCUGGAGCUCAUCCUGAAUAAACCAGGACUCAAGUAUAAGCCAGUCUGCAAUCAGGUUGAGUGUCAUCCAUACUUCACCCAGACAAAGCUCUUGAAAUUUUGUCAAAGUCAUGACAUUGUCAUUGUGGCACAUAGCCCUUUAGGGACCAAUAGAGACCCAUUAUGGGUGAACUUGGAGUGUCCUCCAUUGCUGGAAGACCCUUUGCUAAUCUCCUUGGGUAAAAAAUACCAUAAGUCACCAGCACAAAUCUGUCUACGUUUCAAUAUCCAACGAGGGAUAGUUGUUAUUCCCAGAAGUUUUAAUGCGGAAAGGAUAAAAGAAAACUUCCAGGUCUUUGACUUCUCACUCACUGAUGAAGAAAUGGAGAACAUUAAAGCCUUGAAUAAAAAUAUUCGCUUUGUGCAGCUUCUCAUGUUGAAGGAUCAUCCUGAAUAUCCUUUUCAUGAGGAAUACUGACAUCUGAAAAAACCUAUACUGAUUUUUACUCUCGUAUGUGCCAAAAACUUAAACCAGAGGAUUCCUUCCAGUCUGAAUGGAAAAGGAUAAUAGAGCUAUACUUCUCUUUCAUAUAUUCUAACUGAUUAUUUACUGUUAAUUAUUUACUGUUACUGUAGGACUAAUGUUUUUGAAUCUCUCAAAAUCAUAAAGCAACAAAUGAUUAAUACACUAGUAUAACCUCCUGAUGGGUUUGACUAUACCCUGAAGCUCACUCCUGUGAUGCUAUGUACAGGUUGGGAGGCCUGACUCCUGAUUGGCUUAGAAACGACAGAGACAGAGACAGAACUAGAGAUAUGAGAUGGAGAGAGAGACAGAGAGAAGGGGGAAAAAAAGAGAAUAGGAGAAGGCAAGGCACAGACUUUGAAUGGAGAAUGGGAGAGUUUCUAAAGUGGGUAGAAAAGCCAUCACCUCCACAUAUGUCUUGAUUCUCAGCUCUUAUAUCCCCAAAGAGUAGAGAAGACUUAUUGGGUGAGAUCAUUUUUCUCCCCAGUUGAGCUGAAAAAUCAUCUUACCCCCAGAUCACAGAACUCCCCAACUCUUUAGUAUCCUAUCAACUCAACAAAUCUGUACAGCUUCCCUGAUUACUGUCUUACUAGCUUACUUUGAUAAAUAUGUUUGCUUAGUACCUAUGAUAAUCUUUUUUGUAAUAAGUAUAUGUUGGGGAGAGAAAGCUAAACCAGCCAAGCUUAAGCUGUUACCCUCGAGGUAGGGUAACUUCCCAGGUAGGGCAGAGCUACUCUCUCCUUAAAGUAGCCAGGAAAAGUAAUUUCAUCCAGAACCUCCUCUCCCCCUCCAAAAAAAAACAAAAAACAAAAAACCACACACACACACACACACACACACACACACACACACACACAUACACACCCUUAGGCUUCAAAUGUCUGAUGUGUAAAAGAGAAAUAUAAUUCUAAGCCCCAAACCCAUGUUGAAGAUAGGAGAGCCAGGGGAUUCCUGCCCAGACACAGUUUUCCUCCCCAUAACAAAGAUGGAAAUCCAGCCUUCCUGAGAAAUGUCAUUCCCAUCUCUGUCUGUCUCUAUCUGCUUUUCCCUCCACCUCUAGUUCAGUUGUUAUGCUAGUGUCUCAGUCUACUCUGAGUCCCAGGCAUCAAAGUCCUACCAGUGUAUACAUUUCAUUAGAAUUUAAGUACUAGCAAAACUGAUCUAAGGAUCGGUCUUCAAAAGACGAUAGCUAGUGACAAAGGACACUCUAAUCAAGAUACUACUGUAACAGAGAAAUAUGUGAGGCCCUUUCCCCUCCUCCAUUAUUGUGAAAUAGCAAACAUCCAAAACAGAUAUUCAGAAUUUCAACACAAAACAGUAAUUAAGGGCAGGUUUUAGAUUGAAGAGGAAAGUAAGAAAAUUAGAAAGGAGAUUUUGGGUUCAUAUCGAAAGGCAAGGAUAGAUUCAAAGCAUUGGAUGUACUAUGUUCACAUUCCAGAAAAAGAGUGUAUGGAAGAGGGAUGAUGUGCAAUGUGAAAUCUCUCCAAGAAGGAAAGAAUAAACUCUAGUCUAUGACAAUCAAAUGAAAUAAACUGUAGCUGCACCUA